AAAUCAAUUCCAGGUGGAGAUAUCGACGAGAUAGCCAACUCGGGCGAAGUCUGAUGCAUAUGUUUGUGUUUUGCUGUGCAUGAUUUGUAAUAUGCUCCUUGCCUGCCGACCUAGCCCCGUGGGCUAGAAUUCCAGAAUGCUUCCGAGUCGCACUUCGCCAUCAUCAUUGUUAUUAUAUUCACCCUUCAUCUUCAUGACAUCAAUCUGACUACUCUUGACUACUCUUACUUGUAUCCUUGUAUCUUACUACCCUGCAAAGAUAAGUUUAUUUUCAUUAACGAGGUGAGAUUAAACCAAUGUCGAGAAACAAUAUCUAGUGUUGGAUCCUCAAUGAUCCGCACCUAUAUGGCUUGCUCUGGUUCUCAAGAUGCUCACAAAAUAGCAAAAUCAGCUUUCUACUCAAAGUUUGAUGCUACUCGCAAGGCUAAAGAUGUACCCCCACGAGGAAAAAACAUGCAGGAUCUGUCAGGGGGCACCUCACACGGCGUUACUACCAGAAUACAACCAGCAAGGCCGACCAGUCGGCACAACCUUUUCGCAUCACUAGUUCACUUACUAGGGCCGCCCAUGCCAUGGUGGCAGUUGCUAAUCCAAGCUCAAGUUACUCAACUUCCAGCGAAUAUUAUUCUUGGCGAAUUCCGAUGGAAGAUCUCUUUGAUUUCUCUCGUCCUCAAAAUUGGCUUGGGAUCUUUCUACCAAAUGGCUGCAUCCGAGGCUUGGAUUGAGUUAUAUGAGCUGUUGAAUUUAGAUGCCAAGGGUAUUGAUGACAAUUUCCGCGGGCGGAUGAAAGUUUGGAUGAGAAAAACUAUGCGUUUAGGAUGUGAUUAUGUAAUGUUCGUAGUCGGCCAAUUCAAAAUCAUUUAUCGUUCGGGCCGCAGUCAUGGGGACCAUUCACUGACUUCUGCGAAUUUUCGGACUGGAAGAACACUGCUUCCGAAUGGCUGGAGGAUAUCAAAACAUCAACAUUGCAGAGAUACAGCCGCAGUGCAUGAAGUAAAUGGUACACCACGUCAAAUCGUGACUAUACUACUACGUACUAACAACAACUUGAAGUGGAACUAUCUACGAUAUAUGUCGCAAAGACAAUCAAAAUGUAUAAUUUUGAUUGAAUUGACAUUCGUCUUCGUCUCGCAGUGAAGUAUGAACAGCAUCAUCUCACUUCAAAUAUAUACCUGGGUGUAUAAUGUUGAGAGUAUACAUAGCGACGGCGACGAAACCCCCGUCGAACCAGUCUGUUGACAAUCAAUAUUCUGUCGGCAA